UUGCAUUGUAAAAACAAACUAACCUCAAACUUCAAACUUGUUUGUAAGUGUAGGUCUGGUAUACCUAGUCUAUAAGCUAAUUAUUACGAGUUUUCUAUUUUAAUAGUUUGAUAUUUUCAUACUCAUGCCUACCAUUGCAGUUAAUAGAGAUUUACUCUUCAAAACGCUUGGGAAAAAAUAUAGUGAUGAAGAAUUUCAAAAUUUAUGUUUUGACUUUGGAUUGGAGCUUGAUGAGGUGACGACAGAGAAACAGAUGAUGGCCAAAGAGACAGGCCUGGCGAGUGGAAACGCGAGCGGAGCUUCUGAGGAAGUCAUCUAUAAGAUCGACAUUCCCGCCAACAGAUAUGACCUGCUGUGUCUGGAGGGUUUGUGCCAAGGGCUUCUGGUCUUUCAAAACAAGAUGGAUCCACCUCAGUUUAAAGCAGCUUUACCGAAAGACAAAAGCAAAGUUCAACGACUCAUUGUCACUGAAGCCACUCAGCAGAUCCGAGGCUAUGCUGUAGCUGCUGUAUUGAGAGGUGUUAACUUCACGCCAGACAACUACGCCAGCUUCAUCGAUCUUCAGGACAAGUUGCAUCAGAAUAUAGCUCGGAAGCGCACGCUCGUAGCGAUCGGCACACAUGACCUGGACACUAUUCAAGGUCCGUUCACCUAUGAUGCGUUACCUCCAUCACAGAUCAAGUUCCAAGCUCUUAACACGGACAAAGAACGAACAGCUGUUGAACUCAUGGAGCUGUUUUCUAGUCAUGCUCAAUUGAAGCAGUAUCUUCACAUCAUCAGAGACAGUCCUGUCUACCCGAUCAUCAAAGACAGCAAGGGAGUUGUGCUGUCCAUGCCUCCGAUCAUCAAUGGUCACCAUUCUCGCAUCACUUUGGACACCAAGAAUGUCUUCAUAGAGUGCACUGCUACUGACCUCACUAAGGCUAUAGUAGUGCUGGACACCUUGGUGUGUGCCUUCUCCCAGUAUUGCACUGAGCCUUACCAAGUAGAGGUGGUGGAAGUGGAGCGGCCAGACAAAAAAGUGUUGAAGUACCCAACACUAUCUUACCGCAAGGAGCAAGUGUCGGCCAAGAAAAUCAACAAAUAUCUUGGCAUAAAUGAGUCCUCAGACCACUUGGCAUCGCUGCUGAGCAAGAUGUGCCUCAAGUCUCGUGUGACGAUGGGAGGAGAGAUCGUGGUCGAGGUGCCUCCCUCCCGACACGACAUCUUCCAUCCAGUCGACAUCUACGAAGAUGCUGCCAUUGCAUUUGGCUACAACAACAUCCUCAAAACAGUGCCCAAGACUAGCACAAUUGGUUACCAGGUACCUCUCAACAAGCUGACAGAACAGAUGAGGGAACAGAUAGCUCAGGCUGGCUUCACUGAGGCUCUUACUUUCUCAUUGUGUUCAAAGGAUGACAUAUCCAGUAAGGUCGGCAAACUGAUAGAGAGUCUUCCUGCAGUUCACAUUUCCAACCCAAAAACACUGGAGUUUCAAGUUGCCCGUACUACACUACUCCCAGGUCUGUUCAAGACAGUCGCUGCCAACAAAAACAUGCCUCUACCAUUGAGACUGUUUGAGAUAUCUGACGUCGUCCUCAAAGACCCGGAAGCAGAAGUGGGAGCCCGCAAUGAACGUCACUUCUGUGCAGUGAACUACAACAAAUCGCCAGGAUUUGAAGUUAUCCAUGGACUGCUCGACCGCUUCAUGCAGCUUCUCAACAUUCCGUUUGAUCCAGACACGGGAUACUGUCUUCGUGCUCAUGAAGACAGCACAUACUUCCCUCAGAGAUGUGCGCAGAUAGUUCUUCGAGGCAGUGUGAUCGGAGUGAUGGGAGUUGUCCAUCCAGACGUGACCACCAAGUUUGAUCUCACACUGCCUGCUGCUGCACUCGAGAUCAAUAUUGAGCCUUUUGUCUGAUAAAUGUUGACUGGAGAAAUAUAACUUUGUACAGAUUUGUUAAUGAAC